GAGAAUUUCGCGACUCUCACAACUUCAAGGACAUUACCACAAUGGCGUCCGUUUAUAAGUCAUUAUCGAAGCCUACGAACGGAAAGGAGGAGGGCGCAAGCAGCAUAAUCAAGAGGAACAAGCAAAAAGUCUUGAUUCUCUCGUCAAGAGGUGUUACAUACAGACAUCGCCAUCUACUUAAUGACCUUCACUCCCUCCUUCCCCACAGCCGAAAGGAUGUCAAGCUUGAUACCAAGACGAAAUUAUAUCAACUAAACGAACUUGCUGAGUUAUACAACUGCAACAAUGUGUUUUUCUUCGAGGCCAGGAAGGGAAAGGAUCUUUACCUGUGGAUGAGCAAGGCGCCCAACGGACCGACAGUUAAGAUGCACAUGCAAAAUUUACACACUAUGGAAGAGCUCCACUUCACCGGUAACUGCCUGAAAGGCUCCCGGCCUGUCCUUUCGUUCGAUGCCAAAUUCGAUAAAGAGCCACAUCUCCGUCUCCUCAAGGAGAUGUUCCUUCACAUCUUCGGCGUACCAAAGGGCGCCCGUAAGGUUAAGCCGUUCGUCGACCACGUUAUGGGCUUUACCCUCGCCGAUGGUAAGGUAUGGAUCCGCAACUACCAGAUCAGCGAAUCGAUCCCCUCGAAAGUAAAGCCAGGAGAGGAGGAAGAUGAGGCCGCCGAGGCCGCAGCGAAGAAAGCCAAGAAGGUUAAGGGUUCAGAGACCGAGGUCAGCCUCGUCGAGAUCGGCCCGCGUUUCGUGCUUACGCCAAUCGUGAUCCUCGAGGGUUCAUUUGGUGGACCGGUGAUCUACGAGAACAAGGAGUUCGUGUCGCCCAACCAAGUCCGUUCCGACAUCCGACACAAGAAGGCGGGCAGGUACAACCAGCGCGCCGAGCAGAGUAUCGAGAAGCUGGCGCGGCACGACGAGUUGGGCCUGCGAUCAGACGGGUUCCAGAAGCCCACGGAUGGGCUGGAUGCGGCGGCUCUGUUUGCUUAAUCGCGGGUUUCGCAUUUGGGAUGGCAUGGACGGCGUUGUGGGUGUUGGGUUGAGUAUAAUGCGGAUCGGUAACUGUAUUGUGGCACCAACAGAGCUUUUUGAUGACAACUGACUUUUUGUUUCGUUCCCCUUCCCGUUGGUGAUGUGUGCUGUGACAUGCAAGGCAUUAGUGUGUACAGCAUUCCGAGCUUUCCCAUGCUCUUAUGCUGAAGGAAUACUAUUUUCAUCGUGCCGAGAUCAGAUACCAUAUCCUUUCCUUACCAAGCGCCGUUUCUCAUUACUCUAUGGGAUAACGGUGCAUGAAGAGAGGUUAACAUCUUCAAACUGAUGUGUUUUCAAUGUUGGUCCGAAUUUGAUAUCGAGAAGAGAUCAUCUUUUAAGGCUAGAAACCGUAGUUGAGCAAAAUUAUGAAAGAAAUUUAAAUUA